GAUAUUAUUGGAUUCUUCAAUUUUUCAUAAUUUCCCGAAUAUUUUCCAUUUUUCUCGUUUCAGUAGAAAUCUUAAUCGAACUGAUAUAAGCCAGAGAUCGGGUUCCUCGAGAUUAUUAUUUUUGUCUCAUUUUCUUUAAUUUCUAUUAUGUGGAUUUAAGUUCGAUUCUUGGGUGUAUUUCUAGAAUUUCGGGAGAGCUUCAGCCGUCAGUGAGGCGGCGACGCUGAUUGCGAUUCCGAUUUGUCUCUGGCGAGGGAUUUUCGAAGUAACGGGAGAAAAGAUGGUCAAUUCGAUGGUGGAAAGAGCGACGAGCGACUUGCUUAUCGGUCCAGAUUGGGCGAUGAAUAUUGAGAUCUCUGACAUUUGCAAUCACGAUCCUGCACAAGCAAAAGACGUUGUAAAAGGUAUAAAGGCGCGUCUCCGUAGCAAAAAACCGAAAGUCCAGCUUCUUGCCUUAACACUGUUGGAGACCAUUGUGAAGAACUGCGGUGAUAUUGUCCAUAUGCAUGUUGCUGAGAAAGAGUUACCUCAUGAGAUGGUGAAAAUGGUGAAAAAGAAGCCUGACUUUCAUGUGACAGAGAAGAUCUUAAUUCUAAUAGAUACCUGGCAAGAAGCUUUUGGAGGACCUAGGGCAAGAUAUCCCCAAUACUUUGUGGCGUACCAGGAGUUAUUGCGUCUUGGGACAGUUUUCCCUCAGAGAGCUGAGACAUCGGCACCAAAUUUUGCAGCACCAGAGACACGCCCUCCUAUAUCUUAUCAGCAAAAUCUUCGUAAUCCUGGAUCUGGAGCAGCUGCAGCUGAGUCAUCUGCUGAAGAUGAAUUUCCAACAUUGAGCUUGACAGAAAUUCAAAAUGCACGUGGUAUUAUGGAUGUCCUUGCAGAAAUGCUGAAUGCUUUAGAUCCUAGUAACAAAGAGGGAGUCCAGCAGGAUGUCAUCAUUGAUCUGGUGGAACAGUGUCGUUCAUUUAAGCAUAGAGUUGUUCACCUUGUUAAUUCCACAGCGGAUGAAUCACUAUUAUGUGAAGGACUAGCACUAAACGAUGACUUGCAACGUGUACUUGCUAAGCAUGAAUCACUUUCCUCCGGAGCGAUCUCUAAUAAAUUGGAGGAGGAAAAACCUGAAUCAGAUAAACCGUUGGUUGACAUCGAUGCUCCGCUUAUUGACACUGGUGAUAAACAAUCAGACAAAGGAUCUGCAUCCAGUGCUAGCUUAGGGACACAGUUACUGCUCCCUGCUCCUCCAGCAAGUAAUGGUGAAUUAGCAACUCCAACAAAAGUUGAUCCAAAGAUAGAUCUUUUGAGUGGAGAUGGAUUCAACUCUCUUACAAUAGACUCUCUGGCACUUGUUCCUGCUGGAGAGCCUCAGCCAGCGAGCCCUCUUGCAACUCAGCAGAAUGCUCUUGCUCUUGUUGAAAUGUUUCCUCAGAGUAACAACCAUCAAUCUUCAAGUGCAGCUGGACAAGCCUAUCCUUCAUCACCUCGUUUCCAGCAAACAACAAAUGUUCAAUCUCCACAACCUUCUUUAUUCCCAAAUGGAAGCAUUUCUGGUCCUAUGCUACCCCAACAUGAACAGUCACUUUAUUCUCAAGGCUCUGCAUCUGCCUGGAAUGGUCAGAUAACCCAGCAACAGCAGCCGGCCUCGCCCAUUUACGGUGCUCAAAGUAGCAAUGCUCUUCCUCCUCCUCCUUGGGAAGCUCAACCAGACAACAGCGACUCCGCCCUUAGCCAGCCUCAAGAAUUGCAAGUUACACAAGUAGCAGCAAGUUCCUCUCAGCCAUCAUCACCAAGUGGCACAUUUCUUCCGGGAUCACAAACCAUGACAAAUGACCAGGUCGUUGGAAUGCAUAUGCAGCCAAUCACUGGUGGCCACCUCCCAGCGAUCAACAACCAAGCUAUGCAAAACAGCCAAAUGCCAAGGGGCUCAAAUCCUCAACCAAUGGGCAUGCUUCCUCAACCAAUGCAAUCUGGACAGAUGGUUUAUAUGUAUCCACAACAGAUGUAUAGUAACCAAAUGGCUGCAUAUGGCUACGGUUAUGGCUAUGGUUAUGGCCAAGGUCAACAACAAAAUGCCCAGUUCCUAGAGCAAAGCAUGUCUGGAUUGUCUGUGAGGGACGAUAUUUCCAGGAGAAAUUCCACUAACUCAGUCUCCACAACCUCAUAUGUCCCAUCAGGAAAGCCAUCAAAGCCGGAGGACAAGCUAUUUGGAGACCUUGUCGACAUUUCUAAAUUCAAACCGGGGAAGACCACUCCAGGUAGAGCCGGAAGCAUGUGACAACUGAUGAUGGCCAUUUGCCUUUAUUUUGCUUGCUAACUUGCUCGGCCGCCUUAGUUCUUUUUUUUAGUUCUCUUUUUCGAGGGUUAAUUUUCGUUUGAUAUAUUCCUCACCUUCAUCAAUUGUAUUGCCUUCAAUUCUUUCGUUUUUGCUUCUUAAUAUUCUGGGGUUUCAUAUUGUUAUUAUAAUGAUGUACAUUUGAUGUAGAAAGGAAAACUCAUAUAAAAGGAAGGGAUAAGACAUUAUUUUGUUCGGAUAUGAAUAAGGCAUCAAUUAUUCUCUAUGUA